AUGGGUGCAGUCACCAUAAGAGACUGCACGCACGCUCCCACUUUGAAGGUAUUGUUUGAGCUUUAACAUUGCAUCAGAGAUACCCACGUAUCAAUUUAUUCACAAUUGAAUUUGCUGAUUAUGCUCCAUAGCAUAUAUAUGUAUAUACUCUUCUCACAUUAUACCUUUUGACAGCAUCCAAUUACCCCCAACUUCAGACCUAGCUCAGCAACUCUCUUGUUGCAACACUAUAUCAGGCUUACUAGUGUCUGUAUCUUUAUCUCAAGUGGAGGUUUCACUUUUUGGAUACUAUUAUAAGGCUCCAGCAGUUGGUCCUAUUUUAACAUUUCAUUUUUCUUUUCUGCACUUUCUGUUCACACAGUCAUUUGUUUUUCUUAUUUAUCCAGUUAGGGAUUUAAUAAAAUAAUUUUUUUAUUUUUUAUUUUUUUUUGUGUGUUAAUGCAUAAACGCCUAUUACUGGAUUAUCAUCUUGUAUCAGGGUAUUUGGAUUAGAACUGGUCUUGCUGUUGGUAAAUUCUAAUCUUCCUUAUUAUAUGGUUUACAACCUUAUUGCUAUUAUGUGCGGUAUCUGAAAGAUCCAAAAUGCAGUGGCCAGCUAUUCAUGGCAACAUCUGUAUGGUUUUGUGAUGAUGCUAUUGAAAUGGGACUUCUUCAUGCUUUCAACUUGUGUUGAUGAUUGUGUGUGCUAAGUUUCACUAUAUACAUUUUAAUGUGUUUUCUUGCAGGCAGUGUCUUGCUUAGUUGAAGUUUCAGAAGGAGACUUGAGGAAAGCCAUUACGUUUUUACAGAGUGCGACAAGGCUUACUGCUGGAAAAGAGGUCACAGAAAAAAUUGUGGUAGAAAUAGCUGGGGUAAGUUAUAUACAUUAUACCAGUGGUUCUCAAACUUUUACGGUUAAAGGUGCCUUUAAUAUUUCAUAAUUUUUCCAAGGCACCCCAAGUCAAAAUUUCUAGGUUGUAUAUAUGUACAGCGCUGCCUCAUAUGCUGGAGCUAUAGUGUAAUAUACAGUGUUGGCGUUUUGAAGGGGUGCUUGUGUAUAGUUUGUGUUUUAAUUCAGGGGUGUUUGUAAUGUUUGCGUUCGAUUGCAUGGUUGUGUUUGAAUGUUAUGUUCGCGCUUGGAUGUAUGCACAUACAUACUUACACAGAUAUACAUACAGACAUUCAUAUAGACACCGACACAUACACACACAAACAUUGAUACAUGCAAACACCAUGAUACAGAUACACACACUGACAUAAAAACACACAUUCUGAGACACAGAUGCCCAUACACAGAUGCAUAUCCUGACAAACAGAUGUGUAAGCUGACACAGAAGCACACUGAUACACACACACGUGAUAUUUUUAAUAUCUCCAGCCACUCUCCUGUUGGCUUAUCUUAUGUGUCCAGGAGGGUGGCUUAGAGUCCUAGUUAGGGAUCGACCGAUUAUCGGUUUUACCGAUAUAAUCGGCCGAUAUUCGGUAUUCUCGGCAAUAUCGGUAUCGGCCAAUUCAGAUACCGAUAUUGCCGAUAAUACCUCCUAGGACCGCCAGGCUCAUUACAAACCCGGCGGUCCUGGGGGGGCGGAGAGCAAGCGCUUACUCACCUCCCAGCAGCUCCUCCAGCUCCCCAGUGCAACUCUCGCGAGACCCGCGGCCGUCAGAGCGUUGCCAUGGAUCACCAUGGCAACGCUCCGCGCGACACGCUGGCCGCGAGAGUUGCACUGGGGAGCUGGAGGAGCUGCUGGGAGGUGAGUAAGCACUUGGUCUCCACCCCCCCCAGCUCAGCCAAUGCCACUGGACCACCAGGGACUGUCAUAUCCCCCCUCCCUGGCCAGGUAACAAGCAGGGAGGGGGGACAACAAAAAUAAAUAAUAAAGUAAAUAUAAUUUUUUUUUUUUUAAUAAUUUAAUAAAAAAUGCCCCCUCACACACUGCAUUAUAUACACAUACACUACACAAACACACUGUGUAUAUAAUGCAUCGGCCUGAAAGUUCACAGAAUAUCGGUAUCGGUAUCGGCUCUGAAAAAUCAAUAUCGGUCGAUCCCUAGUCCUAGUCCUAGUCCUGGUGGGAGUGAGGCGUCUGGAGCAGCUCUGGAGUGCUCCUCAUGCUUCAGCUGCUUUUUCUCCCUCCUGCUCAGUCUCUUUGCAUGAUGCUGAGAGGAAGAGACAGGCUGUCACUUCCUCCCCACUGGUCGACAUUACAGGGGCCCGGGCGCAGUCUAAGAGGACCACGGCACCCGACCUGGCCCCUGUUCAGCAGUAAUGUUUCCUAUGAUGAUAGCACCAGGGAAUCAUUCCGCAGCACACAGUUUGGGAACCGCUGUAUUAUACAAUCUAACUUUCUUAACAGUUGACUGCACUAAUUACUAAAUUGGGAUUGAAAUUAAAGAAAUUGAGCUGCUCCAUCAAACAUUUCCUUAGCUGCCAUUACAUGUUUAAAAAACCAUUUCAGAUUGAUAGGAUACACCUGUCUAUUAGAAAUUAUGCCACAAAACUGUGUAGAGCAAGCAUGUCAAACAUGCGGCCCACAAUGAAUAUAUUUGCGGCCCGCCUGCCCUGGGGCCGCUUUCAGAUGUGGUUCGACCAGCAAGACAGGAAAAAUAUUUCCUGAUUCUUGCUCUUCUGGCCACAAGAGGGCAGAGUGGCUGGCUGUCUGCUGAGCAGACCAGAGCAGCCACUCCCCCUCCCCUCCUGCUUGCAGUGCCAGAGGAGCGCUCGCCUGGUUCAGCAGGGCUGGAGCUGGAACUGGAGGAUGGACAACAAAUUGUAAGGUAGAAGAAGAGAGGCUUGGGGGAGGGGGGCAGUGUAUUAAUUUGAGGGAGGGGGCACUCUAUUAAUGUGAGGGAGGGAGAGGGCACUCUAUUAAUGUGAGGGAGGGAAAGGGCACUCUAUUAAUGUGAGGGAGGGAGAGGGCACUCUAUUAAUGUGAGGGAGGGAGAGGGCACUCUAUUAAUGUGAGGGAGGGAGAGGGCACUCUAUUAAUGUGAGGGAGGGAGAGGGCACUCUAUUAAUGUGAGGGAGGGAGAGGGCACUCUAUUAAUGUGAGGGAGGGAGGGAGAGGGCACUCUAUUAAUGUGAGGGAGGGAGGGAGAGGGCACUCUAUUAAUGUGAGGGAGGGGAAACUCUAUUAAUUUGAGGGAGGGAGGGGGCAAUCUAUUAAUUUGAGUGAGGGGGCCAGUGUAUUCAUUUGGGGGACGAAGGGGGCCAGUGUGUUAAAAUAGUGGUGGGAGUGGGGGCAGUCCAUUCAAUUAGAGUUGAGGGAGGAGGGGCAGUGUAUUAGAUUAAGGGGCAGUGGAUGAGUGGAAGGAGGAGGGGCAGUAUGUUGGAUUUGGGGGCAAUGUAUUGGAUUUGUGGGCAGUGUAUUAGAGUGGGAGGAGGGGCAGUGUGUUAGAUUGGAAUGCAUAUUAUGGAGCGGUUGUUUUAACCGGGAACUCUCGCCGUUGCAUUGUACAUCACAGGUUGUAAUAGCAGGAGCACACUGUGUGCAUAUGACGCUCCUACAUUGACAUUUUAAGUGAGUUUACGUUUAUCUUUUCACUUUAAUACCAUUGAAAACAAUUAACAUUUUUAUGCUCCCACUUGUUUUUACAAAGACUUACGGUUAAAGGAACCAAGUCAUUAAAUUGUCAUUUCUUCCACCCACAUGUAUCAUGGUUUACUCAUAUUGAAAGUGUCAUGGCCCUGCUCUCUGCCCACUCCUGCUAAAUUACAUAUUUCACCUUCGCCAGAUUUCGUGUGCGUUCGCACUUAAUGCUACAUUUGCUUUUUAAACUUCUUACAUUUGUAAAGCAAUUUCUAUCUCCAGAACCUAGAACAUGACCUUUUUAAUAAUGUUUUACGAUGUCAUUGAAAUUCUGACACACCUGAAUUGAAGAUUGCUCCUUAGUAUUGAGCACCCAUCCGUUUGAAAACUUGCUCUUUCAUCUAAAUCAUUGGCAUGUCAAAAUUGCUCUCUUACUCUUGUAGGUGAUCCCUAAAGAAACACUUGAUGGAGUAUUAGCAGCGUGUCAGAGUGGUUCAUUUGAAAAAUUGGAAACUGUAGUCAAGGUAAAAAACAAAUGCUAAAUGAACGGGUGAAGGGGAUGGGACAAUGGUGAGUAGUGGUAGGAUGUGACAAGGGGAGUGGGGGGGGGGAAAUACCUACACACAUAGUCACACACACAAAAAAAACCAUAACUCACACAUGAUGGUCGUAUACCAUGGGGUUAAGUUGACAUGUUGAUGUAUGGCACUGGAAAAAGACCUCAUACGUGAGCCGCCGUGAAUCAUACAAAAAUAAACUCUAAGUGUAAAGACGGCUUAACAUAAGUGAAAGUGUAGAGAACAUUUGUAAUGCUUAAUGUUAUUGUGAACUGAUUCAUGUGUACAAGAACUUAGAUUGCACUUUGAUGUACGCAUGAAUCUGUUAUUGCAAAUUAUUGGACUUGUGUGCAUGCGUUGAUCACUGUGAAACUCAAAUAUUUUUAAAAAAACCACACAAAUGUUAAUUUGAUUAAAAAAAACAAAGAAAAACAAAACAAAAAACUAUGGAACUUUGGAAGCCACCCUCCUUGAAAAGAUGCUAAAGAUCAGAUGCAUAGCAAAUUUCUCAAAGUAAAGCAUUCCUUGUGCAGUGUAACUGUAUUUUCUCCACUUUUAGAUCCUUCCUCUGCAAUCACACCACUAUUUCUCUCAAUGAUUUUAGCAAGAGAGCUGAAGUUCAGUGUCUUAAAAAAGACAAACACAAAUAAAGCCUUACUGAAAAAUGAUGGUACACAUUCUAACUUUCCAGUGGACACUAAUUGCCUCAGGUUGUUUUGUCAGAAUCCACUGCUUUGGCUCACUGUGUGUGUGGGGAAUGGCAUUUAUUGUAUUCGCUCAUCCUCUUACCACAUCAUCUGAUCACAUUUGUUCAGACUUAUUCAGUCAUCUCUCUGCUAUGGUAACACGGCAUAUUACAUGCAAAUACGUUAGAAAAAUCCAUAAAGAAGUCUAAUUUGAUGUAAAGCCUCUCAACCCUGAAUUUAAUAACUUGGACAAGGAGUAGAUUGAUAGGAUGAUGCUGUGUAUAUUUAGUAUCAAUUUUAAUAUUAACGAACAUGCAAAAACAUGCUUUUAAAUUAGUAUUUGCUCUGUAUCAUUGAUUCAAGAACCAAAUAAUGCCAAAACUUGUGCAUCGUAAACAGUGAUUCGAUUUACCUAAAUGCCAACAUUUGAAUACAUCACUAAUAGAUCACUUCCGCAGUAUAAUUUUAUACAUUACACCAAUGCAGUAUCUAAAAUUAAAUGGUGUAUAUAUCCCCCUACUUUUUGUUUUUUUUUUUUUCUAUUUUGCUUUAUGGAAAUAGAAGAAAACACACGAAAAUACAUGCAAACACUUUUUUUUAUUUUUUAUCUUUCACUGUAGUCUAAUACAAUAAAAAUCUUAGUAGGUAAUUUCUUUUUGCAGACUCUAAUACACAAUGGUCAUGCAGCCAACCAGCUUGUGAGCCAGAUUCAUGAUAUUAUUCUUGAACGUGAGGACCUAAAAGAUAAACAAAAAGCCAUCAUUGCAGAGAAACUUGCAGUAAGUAGUCGGUAUUGCAGUAAUGUCACUAUUGAAAAUACUGUAAAAAAAUUGAUCUUCUGUUCAUUAUUUUUCAAAAAAAGAAAAAGAAAUGUAAGUCUCUUUAUAAAUUGCAUUUACAAAUGACUGUUUCUCUUUUCAGGAGGUUGACAAAUGUUUGACAGAUGGAGCAGAUGAAUAUCUUCAAAUGCUAAGUCUUUUUGCAGUUAUUAUGCAAGAAAUGACUCAAAAUUGCUAA